CCCUACCCGAUAGAACCACUCCCACAAUUCAAACCAACCGUGGAUCCAGAAUUGAGUGAAAAGCUCGCCAAAUUUCGGCAAGAAUUGGUCGUCCCCUUUCACCUCUUGCGCGAGCACAAAAAAAUGAUCCGGCUGAAACGUAACCACGAAAAACUCCUCAAUGAGCCCUCCUUCGUCGAAAUCGGCAAUGAGAAGAUCCGGCUUCUGCCAAACACCCGCAAACUGGGUUUUCUCCACGCACGAGAGAUCACGAAAGUGAUCAACGCAAUGAACAACCCGAACGAGAUUGACAACAUCCUUCCCUUCCUUCUGGGUCUCCGGCAGGCGAGAGUCUCGCUAGGGGAAGGCCACAAGCAGAAGAUUAUCCGGGUUUGCAAUCUUAUGGGACGGGUGGACUUGAUAAUCUGGAUCGUCCAGAAUGUGAAGAAAUACAACUUCUACCUCACCAAGCCCAUCGCCCGGGAAUGCAUGCGUAGUACAUUGGUCGAGCAGGCGGUGCCUGAUAAGGAAUUCUCCACGAGAGCGGUCCGGCAUGCUAACCUUUUUAUGAAAAUUUUUGUUAACACUGCCAUUAAAGUUGAUCCGGCCGAACGGCUAAAGCGGGACCCGGUGGUCGUUGGAACGGCGCUGGGUGUUUUUGCAGACAACUACCUCCGCUAUAACGACGAAGUUGACUUCCUGGGUGAGACGGAAAAAUUGUGUCGCCUUCUGAAGGAUCAGUGUUGGGACCGGGUCGAGUGGGAGCCCCCGGUGCCAACCAAGCACAGAAGCCCGAUCAUGAAUCGGAAACAGCAUGCCCGCGACCUCCUUGGGGCUGUCGUUGACUACACCCCAGUUCUUGAAGGGUUGCUUGGGGCCAAGAACAUACUUGUCGGGAUCAGUGAUUUAUACCCAUGGCUGUCGGAGCAGAGCGAAAGGCUUGCGGAGAGAGUUGCAGGAUGGAAGCAACAUCUGGCUUCCGAGAAGAAUAUUCUAUCGGAUUCUCCUAGGUUGAGUAUUGGUAAUUAUAGGGCUGCUGGGGAAUUGAUCCAACAGAGGGAGAAGAAGGCAGGAGAGUUCAAGGAGGCAUCUGAAGAAGGUGCAGACGAGGAGGCUGUGGAGGGGGAGGGAGAGGCAGUCGAUGAUGGCUUAACUGAAGCGCAGAGGAGGGAAUUGGAGGAGUUGGAGAGGAGCAUGUAGAUUCUCGAUUUUUGUCGAGUAGAAGUUCUUCAUGUACUAUCUCAUAUCACACUUCUGGACUUAGAAAUCUUGUAUGAACCCUCAACUUCUUCCCCCCGAUUCCCUAA